GGCGGACGGUCGACGGUCUCGGAACCCGUUAGGUGGCACUUGGAAAAAAUUGGAAAAAGGUGAAAACAAUUUCAGAAUAGUUUGCAGUGCAAGUGGAAAGCAAGAAGAAUGUUUUAGAAUUGGUGAAUUCAACUAUAGCGUACGGAAUUCGUGCACCGGAGACCAUCUGUUCUGCUCCUUCGUUGACACGCUUUGCCGGCCGUCGACCUGAAACGAGAAAAAAGGGUGCGAGGUGCGCGUCGCGCGUGUUCCCCCAAGAAGUUAUUCCGGAGUUUCCAUCCGUUUUUCUGAGUGUGCGUGUGCAGCAUUUCUAAUGCCCCAUGGAUGAGCGCUCGUAGUGCUGGUUGUGAGUUGUGUGUGGAAAAAAUAGUGCGUUUGGCCGACUGUCCCCGACUAUUUCGGGCAUUCGCGUUUUGCUUGUGGUUGUUAGUUGUCAGUGCCACUCGAAGGUGUGCUCUGUGUGCUGCAGCGUUUGGUUGCAUGUUCUUGCAGCCAGCAGUUUCUGCUGGUGCAAGGCUCGAUGUGUCCCCGCAAUAGAGGUCUUUGCGGUACGCGAUUGGUGGUACAGAUAAGAAAAUGAUGCGCAAAACUUCACGCUGAUUCCAGUACCCUAGUGGAAAAGAAGGUGCAUUUCUCUCGCGCUCUCGUCUCAUAGAUUACUUCAGUUCGAGUGAAAUAAGAAAAAGGAGCAAUAAAGUCUUCCCAGGGAACACAGCGUGUGUAGAAGUGUUCCGUGGCUGUUCAAAAGAAAAUCUCAUUUUAUCGAAGGCCGAACUAAACACCGGGUAGCACAAAAUGUCAACAUCAUCGGAAAGGGUGGAAUGGGUAGAGAUCAUCGAGCCCCGUACGAAGGAACACAUGUACGCCAAUUUAACCACUGGCGAAUGCGUAUGGGAUCCUCCAGAGGGCGUUAACAUCAAACGAACCGAUGCAUCGCAAUGGUGGGAGCUGUUCGACACGAAUACGCACCGCUUUUACUACUACAAUGUCGCCUCACAGAAGACCGUCUGGCAUCGGCCGCAGAACUGUGAUAUCAUCCCGCUGGCGAAGCUGCAGACGCUCAAGCAGAACACGGAUCCCAGCGACCGGAAGGAGGCGACCCUGCCGCACCACCAUCACCACCACCACCACCAUCAUGGCACCGGCAGCGGCGGAAGCGGUGGAAGCGGGACCGGCGGCAGUGGCCUCGGUACGCUCGGCGGUUCCUCGAAGCUGAGCGGCAGUGGCACGGUGGGCAAAUCGUGCGGCCAUCGGACGACGACCGGCGUCACGGACUAUCGCGAUCGGGAUCCGCACCAUCGGAGUUCCAGCUCGGGGCACCGGCGUGCCGGGGCUGGCGCACUGGAUCAGCGCAGCAACAGCGAGCUGCUGGCCAGCCCGCAGGGAAGACACAGCCUUCAGCACAGGUUGCCGCCGAAAACCAUUACCUCUCCACUGACUGAUGUGAGCCACGCGUCGAUCGGUCGGCUGGAUUCGCACAAAUUUUGCAGACACGGACAUCACCCAACGGGCGGUGGCGGCGGCAGCGGCGGCGGAGUGGGUAUAGCGGUACCGUUGGCCGGCUCGGUCCGUGGCAGCCAGCGCUAUCCGGCCAGCUACAGCUACCAUCACCAGCAGCAGCAGCAGCAGCGAUACCAUCAUCACCAGCCGGACGGAUCGCACAAGUCGACCGAGGGAAGCCUUUCGAGCAGCUACCGGCGGUUGCACGGUGCCGGAGGAGGUGGGGGCGGCGUACCCGGAAGCGUCCCGGACACGGGCGGCAGUCUGCUCCGGUACGGCAGCGGCUCGAGUGGCUACGGGACGAAUGGCGGCGGUACGGGUAGUAGAAAACACAAUGCCGACAGUAGUAGUGGCUACCGGAUGCUGCAGGAAAGUUCCAGCUCGCACAACAUUCCACACUCGGUGGUAGUUCCUUCACCCUCGUCGUCGUCGACGGCGGCAGUGUCCGCGAUGAGCAGCAGCGAAAAGCUGGCUCUCUCCGCGUUGCACCACUCGCCGGCCCUGCCCCCGUCGCACCAGAUGCUCUCCUAUUCGGUGUCGAACUCGUCGGACCUGGCGGCCGCCGGCAGCCUGUCGUCCCCGUCCCACUCGCUCAGCACGCCCCAGUUCAAGAAGAAGUUCAUGCACGACGUGGUUGGAGGCGGUGGCGGUUCGUCGAAGUCGUCCUCUAAAGAUGGCGCCCUCGGUGGAGGGCUUGUGUCCAAGCACGAAAGCUUCGAUUACGGUGGCAAUCCAAAUGCCUCGUCCAUCUCACUGACACGUUCGGGGAGCUUUCUCUCCUCGGCCGGUAUUACCAGUGGGGUCGGUGGAGGCGUAGGAACGCCAACGUCCGCCCGACCCUAUGGGCCAUCGGGAAGCGGAGGAAGUCACCAUUCGUCCGUCGGUUCGCAUCGGAAGGGAAGCUUCGAUGGGAAUGGUGGUGGAAGUGGUGCUGCUGGUGCAAGUGUCGGUGGUGGAGGAACGGCAGGUGGAGGGGCAGGGAGCGAUGAUUCGAUGCACGAGAAGUACUUCAAGUCGGUCGAAAACACGCCCGUCACUCGGCGACGUCACACAACCACCUCCAAGUCGCCCCUACAGCAGCAGAAGCAGUCGAGUGAUUCUAGUCCCCAGAGCCCAAUCAGCCCUCAGCAGCAGCAGCAGCAGCAACAGCAAGUGGUGGGUAAAGUGCAGCGACCAUCGGCCUUGUCGGUGGAGCUGUCCCCGGGCAGCAGUUACCAGAACAGCAGCAGCAAAUCUUCUAGUCACAAAAACAGCAAUACCAACAGCAACAGUGCCACCGGUGGGGAUCAUGGGCCCGAACAGUUCAACCUAGAGGGGGGCGGUGGCCUCGGUGGUGGUGCUAAGCCGGACAAAUAUCUGGAUAAGAUGAAGCUCGACCGUGGUGGCAAGGUGUCGCCGGGUGCAAUUUCCAUGGGCGGUGGAAGUGGCGGCAAGCAGUCUCCCUAUCCGCCGCCCACCGUGCCAACUUCUUCCUCUAGUCAUCCAAUGAUGGAGCAGGCCGCCAACAGCGGGGGCCGGGGCAGCGGUGGAAAGGAUCAAUUUUCGCUCAAUCUCAACCAACCCAAUCUGGACCGGCACAACAAAGAGAUGGCCCCACAGACGCUGGAGAAGAAGUCGUCUGGUUCGACGCAGACGGUCGCGUCUAAUAACUCAUCAACGCACAACGCCAAACAUAGCAAAAAGUCUCGAAAUUACAACAAUCACGGCACAACCAGUGGAACUGGAUUCGAUUUUGACUAUGAUAACGGCAACACAUCGCCGUUGUAUUGUAAUUGGGAUAAGGAGAUGCAGGAACAUUUACUCCCACUGCAACACUACAUUCUGGAGCAAGCCAAACUUUCCGGCUCGUACGGACUGGGUGAUAUGGAUUCGGACUCGUUCCACUCGGACAGCCAGUCAGAGCAUUCGUUUUCAGGUCAUGAGCCGGACAACGAAGACUCGGAUCAUUCCGACGGUCCGGGCGACUAUUUGGCACACUUCCCGUAUGAAGAGUACGGUGCACGGCAUGCCCAGGAUGGCGGUGUGUCGUACUACAACUUUGAGUUUAAUUUCGGCGAUCGUGAUGAAAAAGAAGACAUUUCCGAGGAAGUGACGGCAAAAUUAGAGAGCAUUCCAGAUCAAAUAUACAGCCCCGUCAAGAAUCAUCCUCCACUGCACAAAUACUCAUCGUCAGCAUUCCACGGCGUCAAGCCGGGCAUGGAUGGUGGCUUCAUGGGCGACUCCGUUGAUCGCGGCCCGGCGAACGAUGCACUGGCAGGCGGAAAUGGAAUGUUUGGUGGCAAAACAUCCUAUCUACAGCAGAUGGCAGCAGCUGGGCAACAUCAGCUACAGCUACAACACCAGCAACAGUUGCAACAGCAGCAGCAACAGCUACCCCAACAGCAGCAGCAACCCCAGAAGCUCAAUAAAGCCACGCUGUUGCAGCGGUUCCAAGAAAAUCUCACCCUCGGUGUAUCGAGCCCGGCGGCGGGCAGUAACGGGAAGAUAGCUGAAAUGGCGCUGCUGAAGGAGUGCGACAUCGAAAAGUUCGCCCAGGACAACCUGAACCUGCACUCGAAGGGUAUCUUCCGGAAGAAAUCGUCCGUACGGGACAUGCUUAGCUGGACACCGAACGCCAUCAGCCGUCCGAUGCUGUCGCUUGCGCGAGACAAGGCGGGCAAGAAGAUGGCCACCGAUCUGUUCAAGCUGGUGCAAAUCUAUAUGGGCGAUCGGAAGGCGCGCGUUUGGAUGAGCCUGAUGUCGGUGGUGAUCGAUAUCAUAUCGAUGGCCGCAGAGCAACCGCAACUGCGCGACGAGCUGUACAUUCAGAUAUGCCGCCAAACGACAGAAAAUCCAAGCCGUGAUUCGUUGAUUCGAGGCUGGGAACUGAUGGCCAUCUGUCUAUCGUUCGUACCACCCUCACCGACGUUCCAGCCGGCCCUUCUCGGUUAUAUCAAUCGGCACCGGGAUCCGUCGUUUGCCACCAGCUUUCCGGACGUCAGCAAAUGGCCGAUACACGUACAGAUCUCGCACUAUGCUACAAUAGCGUGCCGGCGGUUGGACCGCAUAGGUAGCUCUGGCAGAAGGCAGGCUAAGAGACCAACCGAGGACGACAUCAACAGAGCCCGCGAACAAAUCUUCCGGGAUAGUAUGUUCGGGAACAAGCUCGAUGAGGUGAUGGCACUGCAGAAAGAUCGGUUCCCGGAUCGACAGCUACCAUGGAUUCAGACAACGCUCUCGGAACAGGUGUUGCUUUUGAAUGGAAAACAAACUGAAGGCAUUUUCCGUGUGCCCGCGGACGUAGACGAGGUGAACGUAUUGAAGAAGCAGCUUGAUUGUUGGCAAUUUCCCGAAGACAAGGGAACGAUGGAUGCACAUACUCCAGCAAGCUUACUGAAGCUGUGGUACCGGGAACUGUACGAUCCCUUGAUUCCGGACGAGCUCUACGACGAGUGUGUGCAAACGGAAGACCCCGUCGAAGCGGCCGCGAUAGUAGAAAAGUUACCAAAAAUUAAUAAACUGGUUCUAACCUAUUUGAUACACUUCCUGCAACAGUUUUCCCUACCGGACGUGGUGGCGAACACAAAAAUGGACUCAUCCAACCUGGCGAUGGUCUUUGCCCCAAAUUUGCUACGCUGCCAGUCACAGGACCCGAAGGUGAUACUGGAAAAUGCCCGCAAAGAAAUGACGUUCAUGCGAACGCUGAUACAGCACAUGGACACGUCUAGUGUGGCUUACAUGACUUGAAGGAAACAUAACCGAAGGGGAGCUUGAAGAAGUAAAAAGUUGCGUACACAGCGUCGUGUUCCACUUACUUCCAAUCGAGCGUAUGAUUCUUAUUCGGACAGGACACAGGUACCUUAUCAACUAGCAGCAUCACCGAUGGUAACUUUGUUGACCGUGGGAGCGAUAUCAAAAGCUUGUGUAUCCUUUUUACAGAAGACAUCUAUAACAAAAAAAAUCUAAAUCGUGCAUCGUUUCGAAAGCCAGAAAGCCAAAGCAGUGUCGUAGUAGCUUCUUUUCUAUUUUUCAAAAUUCGUUCGGUAUCAGUCACAUUACACGGUACCAAUAUCAAUCGGGGAGACUAUAAAAUUGAAGGAUUAGGUCGGACACUAGUUCCGAAUUUCGUAGGCACACGAGAACGUGGCGUGUAACUUUGAACACGUUUCCGGUUAGGCUGAGCAAAGUGCGAAAGUGCGAGAUGAGUUCCAGUCAAGUAAUCCUUUUGGCAUUUAGCGUUCCGGCACUGUGGAAAACGAAACGGCGGUCCACAGUAAAUUACCAUAUGUAAGAAGAAAAGAUAACAAAAUAACAAUAACUCUCACUGUCAGGAAGAAACAGUUAGUAAUGAUCGCUUCUAAUGAUUGCUUAUCACACAAAUAAAUUAUUUACAGAUAUGGUAAUCCUGUUGUAUGAAUAUAGCACUACCAUUUCAUCCUUCGAAACAAACUAAAAACGAUAUUGUAACUCAUAACACACUAACACACGAACUUCCACAAGUCAGUCAGUCGUUCACCGUAACACUUCUAAAUCAACCUUGAUAAGCAUGGGGCUGGCACGUGCCUGCUGCACAGAAUAUAACAUAUUCGGUACACGGCAAACCGAAACAGAAAGCUUAUUUGCAACAACAAAGCAAACAGUGAUGAUUUCCCGGACCGGUUUGGCAUAUAAGGGUGGCUUGUUUAAAAAACUACACGAAGUAAAGAUAAAAUCGUAGGGAAUGAUAUUGGAAACCAAGCAACCAAUCACGCCACCUUCGAUAACUCGAUUUCAAAAGUACCGAGUAACGAUUAGGACAAAUGGUUGAUACUUGAUCAUCGAUCAACGCGCGAUGUUUUGUUAGUAAAAAAAGGACGCAUGAGUUAAGACUAUAUUCAAACAGAUUUCCAAACUAUUCGCUUUCCAUUCUAUCACACUUGUGUAGAUUUCACUACAGGUAGAGCUUCGAUUCGGGGGGGGUUAUUUGUUUUUCCUCUUGUCAAACAGAAUGUUCACUCUUUGAACACUCUUGGGACACACGGUAGUUUUUUGUGCUGCAGAGACCAGUUCUUUACCUUAGGCCUGAUCCAAUAAUAAAAGACUUCAUGAUCGGGAGAUUGUUUUAUACCAAAAUAAUGUCUAUAUUCGCUUAAUAGGGCAGUUUGAUUUUGUGUUCCGUAGGAUAGGGUUUCGUUUGUGCUUAUAUAUCGUUCUGUAGAAUAUUGUGUUUUUUGUUCGAAACCAUCGAUUUAUAUUAUUUAAGUUUAAGCAUGUACUCUAAGUAACAAACAGAGUGUUUGAACAGUUCAGUCAAUCAUGAGGUCGAUAGCGGUCGAGCACAAAACAAACCGGAACGUUGUUUCUGAAAGAGGCAGUUGUUUUGGAUCAACUGCAUUCAUCGUUCUACACUUCUCGUCGUACAUCGGCCUUUGGUAAUCUCUUCGGCCUUAGGUGGAUAACGACGCAAACAUGGCAAAUUCCUCCCUCACUACCCUAGGAUCCAGUGUUGUAUUCUCAUAUUGUGAAGAAGUAUGUCCAACCCGGGAACUAUUUUAUGCAGGUGAAAGCUAGCAAACGAUCAAGCAAACAGACGAAGAUACAAACAAAACAGAAAGAAUACUGAGAUAAAUAUAUAUAUAUAUUCUAUAUUGAGAGAGGUUUAACGAAAGAAAGCAAACAAAAACCAAUUAAUAAUUUAUUAUGAAGAACCUUAUGGAUAGAAAGUUGAAUGAGAGCAAGCAAAUGAACAGAUGAAAUUAACA